AUGCAGCUGUCAAUGCUGCUGUUGGUGCAAGCCGCAUCGACGUUUGCCGUCUCACUGCACCGUGGGAAGCACCACUCUCCACGACCCAGCAUCGUAACGUAUCCUCAUCAUCCAACAGUCCCCAAUCAGCCAUCACCUCCUCGAACGAGAGUCUGCUACGUCGAAUCCCACAAUGAUUCUGUUACAGACGACUCACCAUACAUCCUCUCAGCUCUACAUGCCUGCAACAAUGGCGGCCACGUCAUCUUCGACGCCUCCACGAAAUACACAAUCGGCACCGCCCUGGACAUGACCUUCCUCCGAUCGAUCGACAUCGACAUUCAAGGAUACAUCCAAUUCACAAACGACACGGACUACUGGCAAGCCCACUCGUUCAAGCAGAUCUUCCAGAACGCGACCACGUUCUUCGAACUCGGCGGCGAGGACGUCAACGUCUACGGCGGGGGCACGCUCGACGGCAACGGCCAGGUCUGGUACGACCUGUACGCGCAGGACAUCUACACUCUGCGCCCCAUCCUUUUCGGCACCGUGGGCCUCCACGCCGGCACCAUCUCGAACCUCAACCUCAUCUACUCGCCACAGUACUACAACUGGGUGGCCAACUCGAGCAACGUCAUCUUCUCGGACAUUUCCAUCACGGGCUUCUCCAGUUCCAACAACACGGCCAAAAACACCGACGGCUGGGACACGUACCGGAGCGACGGCAUCACGAUCCAGAACUCCGUGGUCAACAACGGCGACGACUGCGUCAGCUUCAAGCCCAACAGCACCAACAUGCUCGUGCAGAACAUGCACUGCAACGGCUCCCACGGCAUCAGCGUCGGCAGCCUCGGCCAGUACGCGUGGGAGACCGACUACGUGCGCAACAUCCACGUGUACAAUGUCUCGAUGAGCAACGCCACGGACGGCGCGCGCAUCAAGGUCUGGCCCGGCGCGCCCUCGGAACUGAGCGCCGACCUGCAAGGCGGGGGCGGCAAGGGGGCCGUGACCAAUAUCACGUACGACACGUUUUUCGUCCGCAACGUCGACUACGCCAUCGAGAUCACCCAGUGCUACGGCCAGAAGAACACCACGCUUUGUAAACAGAAUCCUUCGGCGCUGACGAUUUCGGACGUCUAUUUUCGGCAUUUCCAAGGCACCUCCUCCAAGAAGUACCUGCCGUUGGUGGGCAACUUAGUGUGUUCGAGCCCGGACGUCUGCUCGGACAUUUAUGCGAGUGACAUCAAUGUCGUCAGUCCGAACGGCACGGAUCUGUUCACCUGCUUCAAUAUCGAUCAGUCGACCGUGGACGUAAACUGCACGGACUUGGAUCUGGGGUAUAAUUGA